ACAUUUGGAGAUUAACAAACACCACUAAUAUGCCAAGAAAAAUUAGGAACACAGGAAAUAUCUCAAUACCUUAAUCUAUAUUGGCUAUAUUCUCUCACCAGUGGCCUCAGAAUCCUUCACAGCAAUAGCACAGUAAAAUUAUAACCAGAAAGAGUUAACUAGCAAUGGCCUCAACCUCCUCCCCCACCCUCUCUAUAUCCUCUUCAUCCACCUUUGUUGAUGGCAAGGCUCCAAGACAAUCACCAACUGCUUCCACACAGUGUGUGAGCCUUCCCACUCUCCCCCCUCCACCUGUGCAGCCUCAGACUCGCCCAUGGAAGGCCACUGCUUUUUGUCGCAAGGUUGCGCGCAAUGUUAUGGCAAUGGCUACCACAAGUGAGGCACCAACAACAGAAACUGUCACCACUGAACUCAAUGGGGGUGAGCUGCCAGAAUUUGUGAAGACUAUUCAAGAAGCUUGGGACAAAGUUGAAGACAAAUAUGCAGUGAGUUCACUAGGUGUAGCUGGUUUUGUUGCAUUAUGGGGCUCAGCUGGGGUGAUCUCAGCAAUUGAUAGGAUUCCAUUAGUUCCUGGGGUACUUGAGGUUGUAGGCAUUGGCUACACUGGGUGGUUUGCUUACAAGAACCUAGUUUUCAAGCCUGACCGGGAAGCUCUGUUUCGGAAAGUAAAAGAAACAAUUAACGAAAUAACUGGGAGCAGCUGAGAGAGUGAGAAAUUGCUGCUGAUUAAGAUGGUGUUCACAUAAAAAGAGAUCUAAUUGCAGCUUUGUGUUGAAGAUGCCAUGCAACCAUGCUUCAUUUAGUCCAAUAAGCUUCUGACCACACUUUAUCCCAUGUAAUUGUAAUCUAGCUUGAAAAUAAAUGUAGCUUCAUGCAUAUAUAAUCUCCUUCAAUAAAAUAUCAUUUCUUCGA